AUGUCUUUCUCAAAAGUUACUAAUCCCGUUCUUUCAGAACAUGAAAUACCUGACGAUAAAGUCGAAGAAAAGUCAAAGUCAGAAAGCAAUAGUGAAAAGUUAACAAAGGAAAGUGCGAUCAUUGAACCAGAACCGGAGGACAGUAACAGAGAUCCUGCAAGCGAGCCUUCUGAGACCAGUAACUUAACUUGGCAAGCUGUAUGGAGCAAUGAGGCUCAAACGUAUUAUUAUUGGAACACUGUUACUAACGAAACAAAAUGGGAGAUUCCCCAGGAAAUGUACACCGCGGGAUCGCUGUAUGACGGAUCUACAAAUAAUUCAAUAGCGUCGACGGAUCAAGCAGUAAAUGCCACUACCGCGACCGCUGAUGGUGCCGAGUACACACAACAGGAGUAUUAUCAAUAUUAUUACGCGCAAUACGGAUAUUACCCGGAAGGAUAUUAUUAUGGAUAUGACCCAGCCACCUACACUUCCACCACCCAAACUCCCGCGGAACCACCAAACCCUUUAGAAUCUAUUCUAGAUAGAAUAGAUACGGAAGUUAAGUCGAAACUCGAUGGUGAGCCUUCCACCUCUUCUCAACAAAAUGCCUCAUCAACCCAACAAGAAUCUUCGACAACCGUUACAAGCACUUAUGAUCAGGAUACAAAGGUGGAAGAUUCCGAAUAUUAUUCCUUUCUCGCUCAGCAUGGCGAUGGUGGCGAAGAAUACAAGGUCACCGCCAGAUUCAACGCACGAACCGGCAAGUUUCAACGUGACCCAACAUUGACUCCAGAAAAAUUUUCAGCUGAUUCCAAGGCGAUUCGACAAAUGUCGUAUUUCUUUGAUUAUGAUAAAUUCGCAGAGCAAAGGUCGAAGAAGACCAAAUUAGAUGAUUCCUCGGAGGUGAAGGAAAAUAAGAGAUUGAACAAAAAGGACAUAGAAUUCUUCAAGCAAAAAAAGAAGGAGAAAAAAGAAAUGAAGAAAAAAGCAUGGUUGAUGGGAGGCGAAUAG